AUGACCACCAUCUUCCCACCCUGGCCUCACAUCCUCUUCGCCAUCAUCGAACCAAUCACUCUAAUCGCCGGCUGGCUCCUCCCCUUCUGGGACCUCAACUCCUUUAUCACGGGCCAAAUUCCCAACUCCACGCCCCCAGGCACCAUCCACCCCACCAGCGCCUCGCUCGCCUUCCAGCUCUCCAACCUCUACGGCCUGCUAUGUCUGCUUGGCAUCGGCAUCUGCCACGCCACCACCGAGCCCAAGGUCCUGCGCAACUAUCUCGUGGCACUGGCGAUUGCGGACUUUGGCCACAUCUACGCGACGUACGCGUGGAUGGGCCGUGAGGCGUUUGUGGACGUUGCGAACUGGAAUGCGCUUACCUGGGGUAAUGUUGGGAUUACAGGGUUUCUGAUGGUCAACCGCAUUGCGUAUCUAGCGGGGAUCUUUGGGGAGGCGAAGGCGGCGAAGGAUGCGAUGAAGAGGGCUUGA